UUGGCCCCUCCGCCGCUCCGUCGUGCGCCGCGCCUUCCCACCGGAGAACGCCGUGGCGGAGCGGACACCCGGGCCGGCGUGCUUGGCGAGCGCCUGGCCACCUCAGCAUGGCCGAGCAUGGCCUGGAGUUGGCCUCCAUGAUCCCCGCCCUGCGGGAGCUGGGCAGUGCCACACCAGAAGAAUAUAAUACAGUUGUACAGAAGCCACGGCAAAUUCUAUGCCAGUUUAUUGACAGAAUACUUACAGAUGUAAAUGUUGUUGCUGUGGAACUUAUAAAGAAAACUGACUCUCAGCCUACCUCUGUGAUGUUGCUUGAUUUCAUCCAGCAUAUCAUGAAAUCUUCCCCACUUAUGUUUGUAAAUGUCAAUGGAAGCCAUGGACAAAAUGAGGCCAAAGGCAAUUGUAUUGAAUUCAGUAAUUGGAUCAUAACAAGACUGCUUCGGAUUGCAGCAACUCCAUCCUGCCACAUGUUGCACAAGAAAAUCUGUGAAGUCAUCUGCUCAUUAUUAUUUCUUUUUAAAAGCAAGAGUCCUGCUAUUUUUGGAGUACUCACUAAGGAAUUCUUACAGCUUUUUGAAGACGUGAUUUGCCUCCACAGAAAACACGCCAUGGGACAUGUUGUGGAAUGGCCAGUGGUUGUUAGUCAUUUUUUAAGUCAAUUAGAUGAACGCAUGGAAUAUUUACAACCUGCUCCUUUGCAAUUCAUGAGCAUGCAAAACCUAGAAUUUAUUGAAGCUACUUUAUUAAUGGUUCUUACUCGUAUUGUUGCAAUUGUGUUUUUUAGAAGACAAGAACUCUUACUUUGGCGGAUAGGUUGUGUUCUGCUAGAGUAUGGUAGUCCAAAAAUUAAAUCUUUAGCAAUUAGUCUUUUAACUGAACUGUUUGAGCUAGGAGGCCUACCAGCACAACCAGCCAGCAGUUUUUUUAGCUCUCUUUUGGAGUUAUUAAAAAGGCUUGUAGAAAUGGAUCCUGAUCAAUUAAAACUCUAUGAAAAGCCAUUAUCAAAGCUGAUAAAGACACUGUUCCCCUUUGAUGCAGACGCUUAUAGAAAUAUUGAACCUGUCUAUUUAAAUAUGCUGCUGGAAAAACUCUGUGUCAUGUUCGAAGAUGGUGUGCUUAUGCGGCUUAAGUCUGAUUUGCUAAAAGCGGCCUUGUGCCAUUUGCUGCAGUAUUUCCUUAGAUUUGUGCCAGCUGGGUAUGAAACUGCUUCUCAAGUCAGAAAGGUCUGUGUGAGCAAUAUUUGCAGAGCUCUUGUGGAUGUGCUUGGAGUUCAGGUUGAUGCAGAGUACUUGUUGGGGCCACUUUAUGCAGCCUUGAAAAUAGAAAGUAUGGAAGUCUUUGAGGAAAUUCAGUGUCAGACUCCAGAGGAAGACCUUGGCAAUGAUGCCCAUGGAGUAUCACCCAAAAGGCGUCGGCUUAGCUCCUCUCUAAGCUCUUCCAAAAGGAUACCCCAAGAGACAGAGGAAGUUAGACUUGUGGAUAUGAGCAAAAAGAGCAUCUUAUGGAGUGCACUGAAACAGAAAGCUGAGUUCCUUCAGGUGUCCCUCGAAUACAAUGAUGCCAGGAAUCCUGUUCUUGAGACUCUAGAAGGACUCACUGUGGCCCUGCAGCUGACUGCUCUGUGUACUGUUCACUGUUCUCACCAAAACAUAGACUGCCAGAAUUUCAAGGACCAUCAGCACAACUGUAAGAAGAAAGCUUCUGUAGUGAUAACUUGGAUGCCUUUUGAAUUUUAUGCAAAAGUGCUUAAGAGCUGUAGGAGUUUGUUAGAAUCUGUUCAGAAUCCUGACCUUGGGGCUGUCAUUGAUAAGGUGGUGAGAAUUUAUGAUGCUUUGAUUUAUAUGCAAGUAAGAAGUUCCUUUGAAGAGCAUAUUCUGAAAGAUUUGUGUGCAAUGCUUUCAAUUCCAUGGAUCUACCCCCAUGCUGCUGAGGGUUCUUUAAAGCUGACGACGUUUGCCACCGAUCUUGUAGCCUUAAGUGAGAGGAUUUUGGACAGCUACUCCCCCCAGGCACAGUCACGAUGUGUGUUUCUGCUAACUCUUUUUCCAAGAAGAAUAUCCCUUGAGUGGCGAACAGCAGUUUACAACUGGGCCCUGCAGAGCUCCCAUGAAGUAAUUCGGGCUAGUUGUGUGAAUGGAUUUUUUAUCUUAUUACAGGAGCAGAAUUCUUACAACAGAAUUCCCAAGAUCCUUAUAGAUAAAGUCAAAGAUGACUCUGACAUCGUCAAAACAGAGUUUGCCUCUAUACUUGGUCAGCUCAUCUGUAGCCUUCAUGGUGACUUUUAUCUGACAAGUUCCUUGACAGAACCUUUCUCUGAACAUGGACACAUGGACCUCUUCUGUAAGAACCUGAGAGCUGCUUCCCAACAGGAAUGUUGUUCUUCUCGACUAAAAGCUUCUGUUUGCAAGCCACUCCUUUUCCUGCUGAAAAAAGAGGUACCCAGCCCAGUAAAACUUGCUUUCCUAGAUAAUCUUCAGCAUCUUUGUAAGCAUCUUGAUUUUAGAGAAGAUGAAACAGAUGCGAGAGCGGUUCUUGGAACUUUAUUGAAUUUAAUGGAAGACCCAAACAAGGAUGUCAGAGUGGCUUUUAGUGGAAACAUCAAGUAUAUAUUAGAAUGCUUGAACUCUGAAGAUGGAUUCAUAAAAGAGCUUUUUGUCUUGAGGAUGAAGGAAGCAUACACACAAGCUCAAAUAUCAAGAAAUAACGAGUUGAAGGAUACCUUGAUCCUUACCACAGGGGAUAUUGGAAGGGCUGCAAAGGGCGAUUUGGUACCUUUUGCACUCUUGCACUUACUGCACUGUUUAUUAUCCAAGUCAGCAUCUGUCUCUGGAGCAGCUUACACAGAAAUCAGAGCCCUCGUUGCAGCGAAGAGCGUUAAACUACAGAACUUCUUCAGCCAGUAUAAGAAGCCCAUCUGUCAGUUUUUAGUAGAAUCUCUCCACUCUAGUCAGAUGACAGCAUUGCCUAACACUCCGUGCCAGAAUGCCGAGAUGCGCAAACAAGAUGUAGCUCACCAGAGAGAGAUGGCUUUAAAUACCUUAUCUGAAGUUGCCAACGUUUUUGACUUUCCUGACCUUAAUCGUUUCCUUACUAGGACAUUACAAGUUCUGUUACCUGACCUUGCUGCCAAAGCAAGCCCUGCAGCUUCGGCUAUUAUUCGAACUCUAGGAAAGCAACUGAAUGUCAAUCGUAGAGAAAUUUUAAUAAACAACUUUAAAUACAUUUUUUCCCAUUUGGUCUGUUCCUGUUCCAAAGAUGAACUAGAACGUGCUCUUCAUUAUCUAAAGAAUGAAACAGAAAUUGAGUUGGGGAGCCUGUUGAGACAGGAUUUCCAAGGACUGCAUAAUGAAUUACUGCUGCGCAUUGGAGAACACUAUCAACAGGUCUUCAAUGGAUUAUCAAUACUUGCUUCAUUUGCAUCCAGUGAUGAUCCAUACCAGGGGCCAAGAGAUAUCACCUCUCCUGAGCUGAUGGCUGAUUAUUUGCAACCCAAGUUGUUGGGAAUUUUGGCUUUUUUUAACAUGCAAUUAUUGAGCUCCAGUGUUGGCAUUGAAGAUAAAAAAAUGGCCUUGAACAGCUUGAUGUCUUUGAUGAAGCUGAUGGGACCCAAGCAUGUCAGUUCCGUGAGGGUGAAGAUGAUGACCACUCUAAGAACUGGCCUUCGAUUCAAGGAUGAUUUUCCUGAAUUGUGUUGCAGAGCUUGGGAUUGCUUUGUUCAUUGCCUGGAUCAUGCUUACCUAGGCCCACUCCUAAGUCAUGUCAUAGUGGCUUUGUUACCCCUCAUACACAUCCAGCCUAAAGAGACUGCAGCCAUCUUUCACUACCUUAUCAUUGAGAACAGGGAUGCUGUGCAGGAUUUUCUUCAUGAAAUAUAUUUUUUACCCGAUCAUCCAGAGCUAAAAAAGAUAAAAGCAGUUCUCCAGGAAUACAGAAAGGAGACCUCUGCGAGUACUGAUCUUCAAACAACUCUUCAGUUAUCGAUGAAAGCAGUCCAACACGAAAAUGUAGAUGUUCGUAUUCACGCUCUUACAAGCUUAAAGGAAACCUUAUAUAAAAACCAGGAGAAACUGAUAAAAUAUGCAACAGAUAGUGAGACAGUAGAACCUGUCAUCUCGCAGUUGGUUACCGUGCUCUUGAAAGGUUGUCAGGAUGCCAACUCUCAGGCCCGGCUGCUCUGCGGUGAAUGCUUAGGGGAACUCGGAGCAAUAGAUCCCGGUCGCUUAGACUUCUCAGCAACUGAGACUCAAGGAAAAGACUUUACAUUUGUGGCUGAUGUAGAAGACCCAAACUUUGCCUAUGGUUUAUUGAUCGAGCUAACGAGAGCUUACCUUGCGUAUGCAGAUAACAGCCGGGCUCAGGAUUCAGCUGCAUAUGCCAUUCAGGAGCUGCUCUCUAUUUAUGAGUGUAGAGAAAUGCAGACUGAUGGCCCGGGUCAUCAGUUAUGGAGAAGGUUUCCUGAGCAUGUUCGGGAAAUACUGGAACCUCAUCUAAAUACUAGAUACAAGAGUUCUCAAAAGUCCACAGAUUGGUCUGAAGUAAAGAAACCAAUUUACUUAAGUAAAUUAGGUAAUAACUUUGCAGAAUGGUCAGCAUCUUGGGCAGGUUACCUUAUAACUAAGGUCCGAGAUGAGCUUGCUAGUAAAAUUUUCACCUGCUGUAGCAUCAUGAUGAAGCAUGAUUUCAAGGUGACCAUCUAUCUACUUCCGCAUAUUCUUGUGUAUGUCUUGUUGGGUUGUACUGAAGAAGAUCAGCAGGAGGUUUAUGCAGAAAUUAUGGCAGUUCUAAAGCAUGACGACCAGCAUUCCAUAAGUACCCAGGACAGUGCGUCUGAUCUGUGUCAGCUCAGCACACAGACGGUGUUCUCCAUGCUCGACCAUCUGGCACAAUGGGCCCGGCACAAAUUUCAGGAAAUGAACGCUGACAAAUGUUUACAGAGCAAAUCAGACAGCGAUACCGGAGAGUCAGUGGGGUCUUCUGUGGGUUAUGAAGACUAUAAGAGUGUUACUCAUUUUCUGGACCUCAUACCUCAGGAUACUCUGGCAGUAGCGUCAUUUCGUUCCAAAGCAUACACACGAGCUGUUAUGCACUUUGAGUCAUUUAUUACACAGCAGAAGCAAAAUAUUCAAGAGCAUCUUGGAUUUUUACAGAAAUUGUAUGCUGCUAUGGAUGAACCAGAUGGAGUCGCUGGAGUCAGUGCAAUCCGAAAGGCAGAACCAUCUCUAAAGGAACAAAUCCUUGAACAUGAAAGCCUUGGCUUGCUAAGGGAUGCCACUGCUUGUUAUGACAGGGCUAUUCAGCUAGAACCAGACCAGAUCAUUCAUUACCAUGGUGUAGUGAAGUCUAUGUUAGGUCUUGGUCAGUUGUCAACUGUAAUCACUCAGGUCAAUGGAGUGCAUGCUAACAGGUCUGAAUGGACAGAUGAAUUAAACAGAUACAGAGUGGAAGCAGCUUGGAAAUUGUCACAGUGGGAUUUGGUGGAAAACUAUUUGGCAGAAGAUGGGAAAUCUACAUCAUGGAGUGUCAGACUGGGACAGCUGUUGUUAUCAGCCAAAAAGAAGGACACCACAGCUUUCUAUGACACAUUGAAACUAGUGAGGACAGAGCAGAUUGUGCCUCUCUCAGCGGCAAGCUUUGAAAGAGGCUCUUACCAACGAGGAUAUGAAUUCAUUGUGAGGUUGCACAUGUUGUGUGAAUUGGAGCAUAGCCUCAAACCACUUUUUCAACAGUCUCCAGGUGACACUUUUCAAGAAGAUUCUCUGAACUGGGUAGCUCGACUAGAAAUGACGCAGAAUUCUUACAGAGCCAAGGAGCCGAUUCUGGCUCUCCGGAGAGCUUUAUUAAGUCUCAACAAAAGACCAGACUACAAUGAAAUGGUUGGAGAAUGCUGGCUGCAGAGUGCCAGAGUAGCCAGAAAGGCUGGCCACCACCAGACGGCCUACAAUGCCCUCCUUAAUGCGGGAGAAUCUCGACUUGCUGAACUUUAUGUGGAGAGGGCAAAGUGGCUGUGGUCCAAGGGUGAUGUUCACCAGGCACUAAUCGUUCUUCAAAAGGGUGUUGAGUUAUGUUUUCCUGAAAAUACAACAACUGAGAGUAAGAACACGUUGAUCCAUGGUCGAGCUACUCUACUAGUGGGCCGAUUCAUGGAGGAAACAGCAAAUUUUGAAAGCAAUGCAAUUAUGAAAAAAUAUAAGGAUGUAACGAUGAUUCUGCCAGAGUGGGAGGACGCACACUUCUACCUUGCCAAGUACUAUGACAAAUUGAUGCCGAUGGUCACAGACAACAAAAUGGAAAAACAGGGCGAUCUUAUCCGAUACAUAGUCCUUCAUUUUGGAAAAUCUCUGCAAUAUGGAAAUCAGUUCAUCUAUCAGUCAAUGCCCCGGAUGCUGUCACUGUGGCUUGAUUAUGGUGCUAAGGCAUAUGAAUGGGAGAAAGCUGGCCGUUCUGAUCGUGUACAAAUGAGAAAUGAUUUAGCUAGAAUAAAUAGUGUUAUCACAGAACACACGGAAUAUUUAGCUCCUUAUCAGUUUUUGACGGCUUUUUCACAACUGAUUUCUCGGAUUUGUCACUCUCAUGAUGGAGUUUUUCGUGUCUUAAUGGAAAUAAUAGCCAAGGUAUUUCUAGCCUACCCGCAACAAGCAAUGUGGAUGAUGACCGCUGUGUCAAAGUCUUCUUAUCCUAUGCGUGUGAACAGAUGCAAGGAAAUUCUAGAUAAAGCUAUCCGGAUGAAAAAAUCUUUAGAAAAGUUUGUGGGAGAUGCAACUCGCCUCACAGAUAAGCUUCUAGAAUUGUGCAAUAAACCGGUUGGUGGAAAUAAUUCCACAUUAAGCAUGAAUACACAUUUUAAAAUGAUCAAGAAGCUGGUAGAAGAAGCAACAUUUAGUGAAAUUCUCAUUCCUUUGCAAUCAGUCAUGAUACCUACUCUGCCAUCAAUCUUGGGUGCCCAUGCUAACCACGAGCCAUUUCCUGGGCACUGGGCCUAUAUCGCGGGCUUUGAUGAUACGGUGGAAGUUCUUCCUUCUCUUCAAAAACCAAAGAAAGUCACUUUAAAGGGAUCAGAUGGGAAGUUCUACAUAAUGAUGUGUAAACCAAAAGAUGACCUCAGAAAGGACUGUAGACUGAUGGAGUUCAAUUCCUUGAUUAAUAAGUGCUUAAGAAAAGACGCAGAGUCUCGUAGAAGAGAGCUUCACAUCCGAACCUACUCGGUUAUUCCACUGAAUGACGAAUGUGGGAUUAUUGAAUGGGUCAACAACACUGCCGGCCUGAGACCUAUUCUGACCAAAUUAUAUAAGGAAAGAGGACUGUAUAUGACAGGGAAGGAGCUUCGCCAGUGCAUGCUUCCAAAGACUGCAGCCUUAGCAGAAAAGCUCAAAAUAUUCCAAGAAUUUCUACUGCCUAGGCAUCCUCCUGUUUUUCAUGAGUGGUUUCUGAGAACAUUUCCUGAUCCUACAUCAUGGUACAGUAGUCGAUCAGCAUACUGCCGUUCUACUGCAGUAAUGUCGAUGGUUGGUUAUAUCCUGGGACUUGGAGACCGUCAUGGUGAAAACAUUCUGUUUGAUUCUUUGACGGGUGAAUGUGUACAUGUAGAUUUCAACUGUCUUUUUAAUAAGGGAGAAACUUUUGAAGUUCCUGAAAUUGUGCCGUUUCGCCUUACUCAUAAUAUGGUUUAUGGAAUGGGUCCUAUGGGAACAGAAGGUCUUUUUCGAAGAGCUUGUGAAGUCACAUUGAGACUGAUGCGAGAUCAGAGAGAGCCUCUAAUGAGUGUCUUAAAGACUUUCCUGCAUGAUCCUCUCGUGGAGUGGAGUAAACCCGUGAGAGGCCAUUCCAGAGCAGCCCAGAAUGAAACCGGGGAAGUCCUCAACGACAAGGCUAAGACUCAUGUUCUUGAUAUCGAGCAACGAUUACAGGGUGUGAUCAAGACACGCAACCGAGUGACAGGCCUGCCCUUGUCCAUCGAAGGUCAUGUGCACUACCUUAUACAGGAAGCCACGGAUGCCAAUCUACUAUGCCAGAUGUACCUGGGGUGGACCCCCUAUAUGUGAAAUGAAGACUGUGCCAGUAAUCCAAAUUUAAGUUUUUUAUAUUUAAUAUUAGUAAGUGCUUGUAUGUAUUCAGUUCUAAAGUGAACCAUUUUGUGUGCUUUUAGAGCAAAGAGUAUUACUUCUACCUGAUUGUGAACCAUAUUUUAAAUAUAUGUUCUGUUAUUUAGAAUAAAACCGAUUUCCUAAUACAUAAUGUGUAUUUGAUUACCUGG